AAAUGUGAAAUAAUCAUUAUUAGUUCAUCCUGUAAACAGUGUUAUGAACCAAAGGAGGAGCAUGAUGAACUCUACACAGAUUUCUUAUUUCACACUUGCUGCCUACUUUGACACUGGACUGUUAAAAUACUUAUAUUUUUUGAUUCUCACAUUGUUAUAUAUUUUAAUUAUUUGUGCCAAUGUGUUGCUGAUAGUGAUUAUCUGUAUGAAUAGAAGUUUACAUGAACCUAUGUACCUGUUUCUGUGCAGCCUGUUUGUAAAUGAACUGUAUGGUAGUACAGGGUUGUUUCCAUUCCUUCUGCUUCAGAUCCUCUCUGACAUUCACACUGUUUCUGUUCCCUUUUGUUUCCUGCAGAUUUUCUGUUUGUACUCGUAUGGAAGUGUAGAAUUUUUCAACUUAGCCAUCAUGUCUUAUGACAGAUACCUCGCUAUCUGUUAUCCUCUACAAUAUAACAUGCAUAUGACAUUUAACAGGGUUGUCAUGCUUAUUGCUGCAAUAUGGAUAUACAACCUACUUAUAGUGGCUGUUAACAUAUCCUUGAGUUCCCCUUUACAGCUGUGUGGAAACAUCAUAAACAAAGUGGCCUGUGACAACUACAAUAUUGUCAAACUGGCCUGCUCUGACACCACAGCCAAUAAUAUUUUUGGACUCACUGCCACUUGCCUCACAAUUUUAUUACCUGUAUCUCUAAUUCUUUACACUUACAUGAAGAUUCUUCAAGUCUGUUUUUCUGGUUCUAAACAGACCAGACAAAAAGCUGUCAGUACCUGCACACCUCACCUUGUGUCUCUGCUCAACUUUUCUUUUGGUUGUUUCUUUGAAAUCAUACAGAGUAGGUUCAAUAUGAACAAUGUGCCUAAUAUGUUGAGAAUAUUGUUAUCCAUAUAUUUUAUAACAUGUCAGCCGCUCUUCAGCCCUGUACUCUACGGACUGAAAAUGUCUAAAAUUCGUAAUUUAUGUAAAAGUCUGUUCUGUUGGAAAGAGUAG